AUGGCGCCCGCGCGCCCGGCGUACGCUGCUCCGCCCCAGGCGCAGGACCCUUCGUACAGCAGGGGGUACAUGGACGCCCUGGCCGCCAUGGGCCGCGCGCCGCUGGCGGCGCUGCCGCCGCCCAGCCCCGUGCCGUCCACCUCGGCGACGCUGCCGCACCCGCCCACGCCGGGGCCAGCGCCGCCGGGGCCGCCGUGGGGCCCGCCCGCGCCCUCGCAGGGGUCGGCACUGCCCGUUUUCCGUGGCCUGGAGCACCAGUGGCUGCAGCAGCACCACACUGUGGCCACGGUAACGCCGCAGGCGGUGCCUUUCCCAGUGCCAGUGGCCGCGCCGACGACCCAGGCGGACGGUGCCGCUGGGGCGGCCGCGCCCGCGGCUGCCGCGCCCGCGGCCGCCGCGCCGCCGGACCGUAUCACGUACGGCCCCUACAAUUACCGGCUGGACGUCGAGUCGCUGCCUUUGGACAGCCCCGCGGCCAGCUUCGGAGAGAGGCUGGAAGGCCAGGGCUGGCAGCUUGAAGGGCACCAGCACGCCGCCGUGCUGGCCGAGAAGCGGAAGAGCCGGGGGAUCUGCUGA